AUCCUACUCACCCUAUUUAUUAAAAUAACUCAAACCCAUCAAAAAGAAAAUAUUUUUUGGUCAAUACCCUUACAUUUGUUGCUUUUAUUUUUAAACUCCUUCUCUCAUUCAUUUUCUUCUUCAUAUUCUACCAAAAUUUCUUGCACAUAGAGAUGGGAGGCAAAGAAAAGAUGGAAGCUUUUGAAGCUAUGGAGUUGACGGAACUCAAUUGGGUGAUCAUGGAAACUAGAGAAAGUGAAGUUUUUGAAGCUUCUACUUCCACCAUUGGUUCCUCUUCGGAGAAUUCGAUCAACUCAAUUGAAUCAUUAUCAUCAGAAUUGUUAGAAGAUGCAUCGUCGUCUUCCUUCGCGUCGAACCUUUCGUCAUUGUCGUUGUCGCCAUCGUUAUCUUCAUCGGAUGGACCUCUUUAUGAAUUAUCAGAGCUCAUGGCCAAUCUUCCCAUCAAGAGAGGGUUAUCAAAAUUCUACAAUGGAAAAUCACAAUCUUUUACAUCACUAGCAAGUGUAAAGAGCUUGGAAGAUCUUGCAAAGAGAGUGAAUAAUAAUAUUUCUCAAAGGAAAAAAAUGAAGUCUUGCAAAAGCUAUGGAGGAGGUUUAGAUGCUCAAAAACCUUAUUAUUCUCCAAAGCCUUUGAUUUCUAAAAGAGUUUCAAAGGGUUCUUUGCUAUCACCUAUUUCUAAGAGAAAUAAUAUUAGGUUAUUUGAUUAGCCAUUCUUGAUGUUCUUCCACUCAUAUUUAGAGGAAUGGGAGCUUAUUAAUUCUCUCUUUUUUUUAAGCUUUUUUAAUUUUUUUUCAAUGAUUUGAGGCAAAAGUGGUUGCCUAUUUUUGUGAAAGAGUAAAUUCAAAAUAAUGGUUCAAUAGGAAAAAAAAAAAAUAGAAAGAAAGAAAGAAAAAUGGAAGGAGUAAUUAAUUAUAUCCAUCAUAUUUAUUUCAAGGUUUGAAUGUGUGCCCAAACUUGUUUCAAUAUGAAUAUAAGGUUGUCUUUUCGAAAGAAAGAUUAAAGCAACCGUGUAAAAUACUAAUAUACUUUCUCAAAUGAAGUUUGAUUUUUGUCGAAUCUUUUUAGAUAAAGAAUCAAUGUAAUCUAUUUUUAUUCGUCAAUAUGAAUAUAGGUCAACUAAUAUAAUAUUUGUGUUA